UAUCUCUCGCGGUCAUCUUCUCUACGUACUCUGCACUCUUCUCAUGUAAGUUUUUGGUGAUUCUACAUCAUGUGUAUUAUUCGCUCUGCUUUUUUUGAACUCUUAGAUUUUUUUUAGUUUGUAUUACUUUUUGGCAUUCGAAUGUUUGUUAUCUAGCUCAUGCAAUAUUUCAUGUCAUUCGAGUGUUCCUUAUCUUUUGAUUUCUUUGGAUUUCAAUGUUUGUUAUCAUUGCUACGUUAUUAUCAUUGGAUUUCAUUGUAAUCGUUUUUAUGAAUUAGUAAUUCUGAGUUUCUUAUAUUGUUUUCGGGUAUAUUAAUAUGUAUGAAGAUGAUGUAGUGUGCUUAUUCAUUAAACAAAUCAAUAUACUUUGUAUUUUACUUUUUUUUCAAUUGAUUUCCAAAUUUAUGGGUGUUUUUGCUCAUUGCUAUUUUCACACACUUUGAUGGAUGUCGAUUAUGCUCAAAGUUGUUGGUUGUUGGGAUGAUUCACAUGUUUUUUCUAAUAAAAGAACUUGCGGCCAAAUACUUCAUGGCAAUUCUUUUGAGUUCUAUGCUACCAAUGAUGACAUUUCAGCAGUUUGUGAAGAUACAACUCUUUUGCCUACACCUUCGUCUUCAUAUCCUGACACUGAAGAUGAUGAUGUUAGUCCAGAGUUUGAAUUACUUAGGUUGGGUGGUUGUCAAAUGUUUCAAAUAAGAAGGUUUGAUAGUGUUCAUAUCUGUGCUCUUAAUUUUAGACAAGGUCCCCAUCGUCAAGUGACAUGUGAUAUAAUUGAAGAAUUGAUUAAAAGUCGAUAUGUUGAUGCUUCAACAAAACCGUAUGCUCCAAAUGAUAUCAUCGUUGAUAUGAUUCAUACUUAUGGUAUUGUUUUGCCAUACAAAAAAAGCAUGGAAUGCAAAUAGAAAAGCUCAACAAAAGUUGAUGGGUUCAAAUGAGGAAUCAUAUCAGUUGUUACCAUCCCUUGCUUAUGUUUUGAAAGAGAAGCAUCUUGGUUCAGUGAUCAACUUAGGUAUUGAUGCCAAUGAUCAUUUUGAGUCUUUUUUCAUGUCAUUGGAUGUGUGGAUUCAAGGCUGGAAUCAUUGUUUUCCUGUCCUUAUUAUUGAUGGAUCAUUUAUGAAAGCAUAUUAUAAAGGGACUCUACUAACCGCUUGUGCUCAAUAUGCUAACAAGCAGAUAUUUCCUCUAGCUUUUGGCGUUUGUGACAGCGAGCGAAAGACAACAUGGACUUGGUUUUUUAAGAAACUAAAGGAGUGACUCGCAUUCAGGAAUGAUGUAUACAUUGUUUCAGACCGUCAUGAGGGUAUUCUUCAUGCAGCAAAGACUGUUUCCACAUGUUAAACAUGGGCAUUGUGUGUUUCACUUGUUUGGAAAUAUUAGGUCAAAGUUCAAGGGUUGUACGAAAGGUCUUUCAUGGAAAUUUAACCAGGUUGCAAGAGCUGCCACUUUUGCUUAACUGGAGAGUUUCUUGGCGUUAUUAGAUGCUGAAGAUCCUCAUAUCAGUGACUAUUUUUAUGGAAUAGGUGUUCAAAGAUGGGCACAUUGUUACUCCACUUUCUCUCGGAUGCAAAAGUGGUUCGUUGAACGUCGUGAUGCAUCAGCAGCCAAUAAAAUAGUUCUUUCUAAGCACUUUGAGUCCCAUCUUCGUGCUUACCAUGCUGCAACAUCACUUACGACUGUUAAGCCGGCUACCCAGUUUGAGUUUGAGGAGGUGGACAUAACUUUCAAAAUCUUCAUUGUUGAUUUGAAGGCCAAAACAUGCUCAUGCAUGUUUUGAAUUUCAACUUGAGCAGUUCAUAUGUGUUCAUGGUGUCACGGUUAUGCGUCAUCGUCGCAGUUUAUCUUGUUAUGACUAUAUUUCAAAGUAUCACUUCAAAUAAUCUUGUAUUGCUGCUUAUAGUGGGGUGGUUCACUCUAUUGGUUCUCCUGUGGAUUGAGACAUUCUUGCUUCUAUAAAGUCUAAUAUAUGCAAGCCGCCUACAUGUCUCACCCGCCAACCUGGUAGACCUAAGAAGCGUAUACCUUCAACUGGAGAAUUUUCUUCCCGCCAACGGUGUUCAUAGUGUAAAAAGGGUGGACACAAUAAGAAGUCAUGCAGGAACCCAAUUUCAGUUUGUAGUCUUUACUUAAAAAAACUAGCAAUUGUCUUCACUUUCUCCUUGAAUAACUGUUGUAAGACAUUCAUUUUUCAGUUUUAUUCUUCUUUACUGUCAUGGUGUUUUGUCAUUAUCAACUUGGUGUUUUUGUUAGUUUUUUGACAAUUAUGUUGCUGUAAUGUUUGUUUUUCUA